CCCGCCCCGUCCCGUCCCGUGCUGCCGCUGCUGCCCGCUCCGGUACCGGCUUCGCUCCGCUCCCCGCCAUGAGCAGCUCCCAGUUCAACAAGGGCCCGUCCUAUGGCCUCUCCGCCGAAGUCAAGAACCGGCUUGCCCAGAAGUACGACCCACAGAAGGAGGCUGAGCUGCGGACGUGGAUCGAGAGCGUCACAGGGCAGCAGAUCGGGCCCGAUUUCCAGAAGGGGCUGAAGGACGGGGUGAUCCUCUGCGAGCUCAUGAACAAGCUGCAGCCCAACGCAGUGAGGAAGAUCAACCGCUCGUCUCAGAACUGGCACCAGCUCGAGAACCUCUCCAACUUCAUCAAGGCCAUGGCCAGCUACGGCAUGAACCCCGUGGACCUCUUUGAAGCCAACGACCUCUUUGAGAGCGGGAACCUGACGCAGGUUCAGGUGUCACUGCUGGCACUGGCAGGCAUGGCCAAGACAAAAGGGAUACAGAGCGGGGUGGACAUCGGCGUGAAGUACUCGGAGAAGCAGCAGAGGAACUUUGACGAGGCCAAGAUGAAGGCUGGGCAGUGCGUGAUCGGGCUGCAGAUGGGCACCAACAAGUGCGCCAGCCAGUCCGGCAUGACGGCCUAUGGCACCAGGAGGCACCUCUAUGACCCCAAGAAUCAGAUCCUGCCGCCCAUGGACCACUCCACCAUCAGCCUCCAGAUGGGCACCAACAAGUGUGCCAGCCAGGUGGGCAUGACGGCUCCCGGCACCAGGAGACACAUCUACGACUCCAAGAUGGGGACAGAGAAGUGCGACAACUCCUCCAUGUCGCUGCAGAUGGGCUCCAACCAGGGCGCCAACCAGAGCGGUCAGGUCUUCGGCCUCGGCCGCCAGAUCUACGACCCCAAGUACUGCCCACAGGGCAGCCAGGGCGAGGUGGCCAACGCCACGGGUGACCCGAGCGGGGACCCCCCGGGGUACCACUACUACCGCGAGGAGGAGGAGAGCUACUGAGCGGGAUGCGGCACAGCCCCGUCUCGCACCAUCUCAUGUACAGACCCUGCGACAUUCCAGCCUCUACUUUCGUCAUUCCCUCUUUUUUAAUUUUGAAAUGAAUCUAUUUUUCUGAGCAAGGAAAUAAAGACCCUGUUUCUAGAGAAGAGAACCCCUGGUUCCUGCAGCCCGCAGGACCCUGAGGCCCUGGCACAGCCCUGGUGUUGGCUCUGGGAAGGCAGCGGAUGCUCCAGCGCCAAGGAGUGGAUGGUGUCUCCUCUCACACAGCCAAGAAGACACGUUCCCACCCGGCACCCACCCUACCAUGGGGCACAAUGCAGCACCUGGAUCCCUUGGCAGCUGCUCCCGGUGCCGCUUCUCAUCCCGGCGCUGAGCCCCAUGGAGGAGAGGGGCUCAGGAUGGCGGGAUGCAGCGGGAGCAUCGUGUGCUCUCCAGAGGCGAAGCUGGAAACGGUUUUGUGGCUGGACCCAGAGGGAGUCGGCGUGGCCGCAGGGCUGGGCUGGCAGCGGCAUUCCCGGCACUCCCAGCACCGGCUGCAGCUCGGAAAGCCGCAGCGAUGAGAUCUUCUGCCAGGCUGGAGCCAAGGCUGACUCUGAUGGCUGCAUCCUGGCCAUGGGGUGGUGCCCGAGUGAGGGGCUGGGAAUGCCGGUGCACGGUGCAGCCCACGGCCGUGCCCAGCGGCUGCUUCCCCUGCGGGGGGAUUAAUGAAGAUCCUCUUGUAUUGAACCCUUGUUUUUAAGAAAAUCCAACUUUUUUAACUUCA